GAACACCAUUAGGAGGAUCCAGACAAUUGAGGAAUCAUUACUAAAAACACACCCCAUGUUCUCACUUUUUUGGCUUUACUAUUGUUUUUUCUUCAACGCUACUCUCUCUCUGUCUGUCUGUCUCUCUCUCUCUCUCUAGAGAGUACUGCUAAUUUUUGUAUGAGUGAAUUCUUGAGCUUUCCAGAAAUUAAAAAAAAAAAAAAGAAAAAGAAAAAAGAAGUAAAGAAAGAGAAAAAAAGAUAUUCUUGAGCUCAUCUCUCACUCAAGAUCAGGAUCCUCAACUUGUUCUUAGCCUCAUUGCCUCCACCUUUUUAUCAUCUUAUCUUUUAGGUUUUCAUUCUUAAUUUCUUUUUGUUUCACAAUGUUAAGUUUGUUCUCUUUGCUACCUAAGCUUCAUCUUUACCCUUUUUGAGUCCUCUGCAUUCACACCCAUCUCAACAACUUCAAUAACCCUAAUUAUCAAAUUUAUUUUAUUUUAUUUAUUAUUUUUUUUUUUUGUGCGCUUUGUGUAGUAUUUAUCUACAACUAAAAUCUUGUGUUAACCUGUAAGCUGUUAAAAAAAAAAAGAAAAAAUCAAAAUCUCAAGGUUUGAUAUAUAAUUUUUUCUUUAUCAUCACUAACAAACCCUUAAAUCUUCUUGGGUUUAUAUAAUCACUAUGUGUUGUAAAAUUUUCAUUUUUUAACCUCAACGCCAUCUCAGACAUGGGUCACACUUCAUUUCAGUUCUGAUGUGAUUUUCUGGGGUAAAAAAGCCGUCGCAUUUUUUCACCCUUUUGUGGAAUUCUAGUUGUUUUCAGAUCAUUCUUUGUUGGGUUUUAAUUUUUUUCUCUGCAUUUCCUAACCAAUAUCUUCAUUUUUGUACCCAUAAUCAUUACUAAAUUUGAGCUCUUGUUAUGUCUGCCUCUGUUUUUUGUCCCAAUUUGGGCACAGUCUAUCUAAACCUCUAGUAGUUUCAGACCCAUUGUCAGUCAAUAAAAGCUCUUUAAUUUUUCUAAGAGUGUUCUAAUUUCAAGUCCCAAAUUGGUGUUACUUUUCACAUGAGCUAUUUGCUUAGAAGAUUGAUAGAGAUUAGAGUAUUAUGGGGUGGUUUUCAGUAGCUUUUGGACUAAUUUUAGUUUCAGUGUCUACAUUUGUCAAUUCAGUGAGUGGGAUUGGUGCUAAUUGGGGCACACAGGCAACACAUCCCUUGCCACCAGGAAUUGUGGUGAAACUUCUGAAGGACAAUGGGAUUCAGAAGGUUAAGCUUUUCGACGCCAAUUACGAUUCAUUAAGAGCUCUGGGUAAUUCUGGAAUUGAGGUCAUGGUUGGUAUCCCCAAUGAUAUGCUUGCUUCUCUUGCUAGCAGUGUGAAGAAUGCUGAGAAAUGGGUUUCCAAAAAUGUGUCUACUCAUAUCACCACCAAUAAUGUCAACAUCAGGUAUGUCGCAGUUGGAAAUGAACCUUUCUUGGAAACAUAUAACGGAAGCUUUCUCACAACAACAUUCCCUGCUCUCCAAAACGUCCAAUCUGCGCUGAUAAAGGCUGGUCUUAGCAACCAAGUGAAGGUCACUGUCCCCCUCAAUGCUGAUGUCUACGAGAGCUCAACUGACGUCCCAUCUGGCGGCGAUUUCCGAGCCGACAUUCAUGACCUCAUGCUUGCCAUAGUCAAGUACUUGAGCGAUAAUGGUGGCCCCUUUACCGUCAACAUCUACCCCUUCAUAAGCCUUUACACAGACUCCAACUUUCCUGUUGAGUAUGCGUUCUUUGAUGGCAAUGCAUCUCCUAUAACUGAUGGCGGCACAACCUAUUACAACAUGUUUGAUGCAAAUCAUGAUACUCUUGUGUGGGCACUACAAAAGAAUGGGUUUGGAAAUCUGCCCAUAAUAGUUGGAGAAAUUGGUUGGCCGACUGAUGGAGAUCCAAAUGCUAACCUAGACUAUGCCAAGCGGUUUAACCAAGGGUUCAUGUCCCAUAUAUCGGGCGGGAAAGGAACCCCAAUGAGACCUGGUCCCAUUGAUGCCUACUUGUUUAGUUUGAUUGAUGAGGAUGCCAAGAGUAUUCAGCCAGGGAAUUUUGAGCGCCACUGGGGGAUAUUUACAUUCGAUGGGCUAGCCAAGUACCAGCUUAACCUCGGUACCACGAAUUUGGGAGCUUUAGUCCCAGGAAAGGGUGUGCAGUAUCUAGAGCGAAAGUGGUGUGUGAUGAAGCCAUCAGUAAGGCCUGAUGAUCCAGACGUGGCACCGAGUGUGAACUAUGCUUGUGGACGUGCUGACUGCACAAGCCUGGGCUACCAGACAACUUGUGGGAAUUUGGAUGCUAGGGGGAACAUUUCAUAUGCAUUUAAUAGUUACUACCAGAUAAAUAAUCAGCUUGAAAAAGCGUGCAAAUUUCCGAACGUUUCAAUGGUCACAAAAACAGAACCUUCAGUCGGAAGCUGCAGAUUCGUGGUCAUGAUCCAACCGUACUAUGGGAGGGCUGAAAGGAGAUUGUGCAGUAUUCAACAAACAUGGGGUUUUGCAGUAGGCCUCAUUCUCUUUUUGUGGAGGGUUCUGUGAGCUCUUGUUUAAUCUUAGUAGUCUGUUUUAUAGGAAUAGUUGUAUAAUAGGGGGAGUAACUUAUGAGUAGCAUAAGCCAAAAUCCAAUUAUAAUUUUGCAAUCUAGAAGACAAAACAUUUACAAUUCUUAGGCAGGAUUGCAGAUAGGUUUGCUUCAAAGUCUUCUUUGUAUGGUAGAUGGAGUUUAUGAAUGAAUAUUUCUGCUAGGCAGGUUUUAAUUGAA